CCUGACGGAGUUGACGCGAUGUGUUAGGCUGCUAAACGUGGAAAAGAAUGGUCCCGCUGAAUGCAAUUGUCAUAGCUGAGAACCUUAUCUUGUGAGCAGAGCUGGGCGUGCUGGGCUGGGACGGAACGGGCUGGGUUAGGUUAGGAAAGAGAGAGGCUGGGCAGAGCUGGGUCAGGGUAGACUUGGUUAGAAGUGGCUGGGCAGAGCUGGGUUGGAGAGAUUGGGUUAAGAGAGACUGGGCUGAGCUGGGUAAGGGUAGACUAGGGCUUUUGUCCGAAACGUCGAUUUUCCUGCUCCUCGGAUGCUGCCUGAACUGCUGUGCUUUUCCAGCACCACUCUAAUCCAGAAUCUGGUUUCCAGCAUCUGCAGUCAUUGUUUUUACCAAGGGUAGACUAGGUUAGGACAGGCUGGGUUAGAUUGGGAGAGACUGGGCUGAGCUGGGUCUGACUUUCGCCCUCCAACUCUUAAACAUCUGAAGCUCUGCGGAAGCCAAAGCCGGACCUCACCAGGAGUCUCUCCAAACCGCAGGGUGAACCUAAUUAUUUAUUUUAGAAGUUCUUUACAAAGACAUUUCCCGACUUCUGCUCCUCCGGACAAAGAAUAAAGCGAUGGGAUCUUGUGAAAAUAUCCACAAUGUCCAAAAGGACAGCAAAGUAGUGACCAGCAUCUUGCUGUUCAGCACCGGACUGCUCGGUAACACCAUCGCCCUGGCCAUUCUGGGCAAACACAAGUGGGACAGUAAAAAGGUGUCCGUCUUUUACAUCCUCGUCACCGGCCUGGUGCUGACUGACCUGUUCGGGAAGUGCCUCAUUAGCCCAGUGGUGUUCGCUUCUUACGCCUCAAACCUCACCUUGAAAGCUAUGGGGAGCAACAACACCCUGUGUAACUACUUCUCCUUCUCCAUGUCCUUCUUCGGCUUAUCCUCAAUGUUUAUCCUGUUCGCCAUGGCUCUGGAGUGUUGGCUGUCCAUAAGCCACCCGUUCUUUUAUCAGGAACAUUUCACCAAGCGCCUGGCAGUCCUCAUUUUGCCGGUGGUAUACAUUUGCUGCCUGUUGUUCUGCUCAAUGCCCCUGCUGGGAGUUGGGAGCACAAAGCAGUACUGCCCGGGGACUUGGUGCUUCUUUAACAUGAAUAAACCGAACUCGUCUUUUUCAGUGCUAUACGCCACCCUCAUGGCCGUUCUCAUCGUCGCUGUGAUACUCUGUAACAGUUCGGUUGCUAUUAACUUGACCAAAAUGUACCGGAGACAAAGGCGGAUGAGCAAUCCCAACCUGAGCGUGGUUCACCGCUCCCGCCGGCAGUUCAGUCACUCUGAGGAGAUGGAGAAUCUCAUCCUCUUGGUUCUCAUGAGUAUCAUCUUUCUCAUUUGCUCCCUGCCUCUCACGGUCCGGGCAUAUAUUGGUGCUUUUGCUCCUGAUGAAAGUGAAGAAGGAGAUCUGAUUGCUCUAAGGCUUGCAUCCGUGAAUUCAAUCGUUGACCCAUGGGUUUUCAUCAUUUUCAGGACCUCUCUAUUUCGAAAGUUACUUCUCAUGUGUUGCAAGUUUUCUCCUCCAACCCUGCGUGCGGAAUCUUGGAGUAUAAAUCACUAAAGACUGCUUUAGUCUAAUUUUUUUUAAUUGUCUUGUCCUUCCUUUGAUUUGUCCAAUUACAGAAAGGCCUAUCAAGUAAGACAUGAAUGACAAAACCCAUUAGCCUAACAAAAAAACCUUUUAAUGUUCUGAAUGAAACUUUUCCUAUUGGAACUGGAGGAGAGAAACCAAAUAUGGCGAUUAAAUUAUAUCCUUGUUGCACAUCCCUUGGAAAUUGCAAGAUAGGUUUACGUGCCUAAUGCGUGUACAUUUGUUACCAUCAAGUGCAUCUAACUGCUGUCCAGAAUGCACUGUUGAGGGCCUACAUUUGUCUUUAAUACAUAGAGUCAUUCUAAGUUGAUUGAUAUUUUUUAGGUCCGUCUGAAUUUCAAAUGUAAAUGGCACUCUGGACUAAGCUCCUUCUCACUAUGAUUCAUCUGUAGACAAAAUUGAAGCUCUAACCUGCUUUCAAUUCUAAAAGCAGCUACUGUAUUUGGAACUCUGUAAUGAUGGGAGACUCACAGGAGGACAAUGGAAAAUUUUAGGUAUAUGCCCUGAAGGCAUCCCUAAAGAGGUCAAAAAUUCCACAAACCUGUCAAAAUGUAAUUCAUUAGAGAAGGCACCGUGCACUUUGAAAGACUUCAUCAAGAUCAUAGGUAGGCAAAGUCGAGACACUCAACAGGGUGCACAGAUCUCCCAAUAACCCAACCCUUCAUGAACCACCUGUCCUGCAAAUGCGAAAUCUGCAGAUUGUGUAUUAAACUUUUCAAUCAUCUCAAAACCCAUCAAACUGGAAUGGAAGCAAGUCAUCCUGAAUACUGAGGGACUGUCAGAGAUAAUCAUUUCAUAUGCAGUUUUACUGGGGACUAAAAGCAAUGCUAAUCCAGAAAAUCAAAAUUUCUGCAAAAUAUCUCAGCCUUUUACUGCCCUAGCAAGGCUUGAUUCUGGCUACAAAGAGGGUAAAAUUCAGUAUGGAGUUGUUCUGUCACAAGAGCUUCAAUUUUUACUGGUCACAGAGAUAUUUUGGAAAUCUUAAACCUUCUCAAUGUUCAAAUAGUUACACUAGUAAUGUUACUAUU